UCCUCUGCUCAUGCGGGCGGGGAGAAAAGGGUGGCUCCCGGGGCCGUAGGUCUUUGGGUGCAAGCUGAAGGCGCGCUGAGGCUGACCAGGGGAUCACCUACGGACGGGAAGCUGGUUUGCUGAGGAUUGAGUGAGCGCUGUUUGAACGAGAAAACUUCAUCACAAGCAUAACCGUAUUUGGAGCUGAAAUGGAACAAGCAUUUGAUGAGCCAGUGAGAGAUCAGGUCACAUGGACACAUUUGACAGAAGACAUUCCAAAUGCCAAUAAGUGCACAGUGAUCGGAGGUUCUGGAUUCCUGGGACAGCACAUGGUGGAGCAGUUGCUGGCAAGAGGCUACACUGUCAACGUAUUUGAUAUGCGGCAAGGGUUUGACAAUCCCCAGGUGCAGUUCUUUCUGGGAGACCUCUGCAGCCAACAGGAUCUGUACCCAGCUCUGAAAGGUGUAAGCACAGUUUUCCACUGUGCAUCACCCCCACCAUCCAGUAACAACAAGGAACUCUUUUAUAGAGUGAAUUACAUUGGCACCAAGAAUGUCAUUGAAACUUGCAAAGAGGCUGGAGUUCAGAAACUCAUUUUAACUAGCAGUGCCAGUGUCAUCUUUGAGGGUGUCAACAUCAAGAAUGGAACCGAAGACCUCCCUUAUGCUGUGAAACCCAUUGACUAUUACACGGAGACAAAAAUCUUACAGGAGAGAGCAGUCCUGGGUGCCAAUGAUCCUGAGGGGAAUUUCUUAACCAUGGCCAUUCGCCCUCAUGGCAUUUUCGGCCCAAGGGACCCCCAGUUGGUCCCCAUCCUCAUCGAGGCAGCCAGGAAAGGCAAGAUGAAGUUCGUGAUUGGAAACGGGGAGAACUUGGUGGACUUCACCUUUGUGGAGAACGUGGUGCACGGACACAUCCUGGCUGCAGAGCACCUCUCCCAAGACACGGCCGUGAGUGGGAAGGCAUUUCACAUCACCAAUGACGAACCCAUCCCUUUCUGGACAUUCCUGUCCCGCAUCCUGACAGGCCUCAACUAUGAGGCCCCCAAGUACCACAUCCCCUACUGGGUGGCCUACUACCUGGCCCUCCUGCUGUCCCUCCUGGUGCUGGUGGUCAGUCCUGUCAUCCAGCUCCAACCCACUUUCACACCGAUGCGUGUCGCACUGGCUGGCACGUUCCACUAUUACAGCUGUGAGAGAGCCCAAAAGGUCCUGGGCUACCGGCCACUGAUCACCAUGGAUGACGCUAUAGAAAGGACUGUGCGGAGUUUUUAUUACCUGCGGAAGGUCAAGUGAUGCAGCCCAGAGACUGGGCCCUCGCAGUGCCUUCCCCGGCUACUAACUCUCCCCUGUGGACCAACAAACUAACCUCCUUCAAGUGACUUUCUUCUGAGCUUAGGUCUCCUCCUGCCAGUUAGAUGAGAGCACACCCAGCUGUUCCAUGACCUCAAGGGUGGAGGAAACCGGAGGCAUUUCUCCCAUUUGUUGGAUUGAAUUUGAAUUUCUUAAAGCAGGCAGCUUCAUAUUCUACUGUUUUGUGUUCUCCUCUCCCUCUCCCCUACCCCCCCCACUCCCACCCCUCCUCUCUCCUGGGUUACUUAUCAUUCCAGCAUCCUUCUACAUAAUCAAGGAAGCUGUAGGGAAAAAAACAAUCCAUUUGGUGAAACUUCAAAUAGAUGCAGAAUUUAAAGCAAAAACUUUUUAAAAGCUUAAAUAAUUGUUACCCCUCCCCCCAUCAGUCUCCAGAGGGAAAAGACCUCUGGUUGGGCACCUCCUUAUAUGCUUCCACGUUCUCUCUCCGGUACAGCUGGUGUGCCUGCCUGCAUUGUUUUUUCAUAAAACAUUCUUUCAUGGA